CUCCCCAGGCAACGUGUCACGACAGCAGGAGACGCACGAGGAGGAGCGGCAGCAGUGUGCAAGAUGCAGUAUAUUUUCCUGAUGGUUACAGUGGCAGUGCUGGCUGGAGAAUCAGAUGCAGCCCGCAUUCUGGGUCUGUUCAAUUAUCCAGGAAAGAGUCACUUUCUAAUGUUCGAGGAGGUAAUGAAGACGCUCGCUGCCAGGGGCCACGAGGUGUUUGUCUACAGCCACUUCCCUCAAGCUAAGCCCGUGCCAAACUACACAGACGUGAGCCUAGUCGGUUCCCUGCCUUCUGUAGUGAAUGCAAUUCCUGUGGACGAAGUGUUUGGCAGAGACGAUCCCUCAGUCACAUUUAGAUUACUCAAGCUUCUGACCGAACAGGCAUGUGAAAAACUACUUCAGUUUCCCGCAAUGCAGAAGCUUAUGAAAUCACAUGAAAAAUACGAUCUCAUCUUUACUGAACCCUUUACCACUGACUGCCUGUUACCAUUUGUGUACAAGUUUCAGGCGCCCAACAUUGCACUUCUGUCAUCUGUCGUUAUGCCUUGGAAUCCAGAUCGCUUUGGUUUACCAGAUAAUCCAUCCUAUAUACCAACUCAGUUUUUACGGAUUAGUGACCACAUGAGCUUCUUUGAGCGUCUCAGAAAUUUGUGGUAUACGAUUUACAGCAAAUGGUUUUUUAUUGAAUACAUGGACAAACCAGCGAAUACGGUAGUCAAGAAAUACUUCGGUGAUUCACUCCCUCCUCUACAAGAAAUUGCUAAAAAUACUAGUAUGCUUUUCAUCAAUACGAAUCCAGCACUGAAUCCUCCGCGACCACUUGUACCUGCUGUUGUGGAAGUAGGAGGGAUUCAUAUCAAACCAGCGAAGAAGCUUCCAAAGGACAUCCAGGAGUUCAUAGACGGGGCAGAACAUGGAGUGAUUUUCUUCACAUUUGGUUCGACAGUCACUGCAAAGGAUUUGAGUGAAAAUAAGCGGAAGGCCAUACUGGAGGCCUUUGCAGAACUGCCCCAACGAGUGCUGUGGAAGUGGGAGACUAACGAACUGCCAGGAAAACCACCCAACGUGAUGGCGCGCAAGUGGCUGCCCCAGUUUGACAUUCUGAGUCACCCUAAAACGCGGUUGUUUAUCACUCACGGAGGUUUGAUGGGAACAAUAGAAGCUGUUUACAGCGGUGUACCUAUGUUAGGCAUCCCACUGUUUGGGGAUCAGCCUACUAACGUAAUGAUGUGUGUAAGAAGGGGCAUCGCACGAAUGCUCCCCUUUCCGGAAAUAUCUAAGGAACUACUGUUGCAGAACAUACGAGAGCUGAUUAACGACUCCAGGUACAAGCAGAGGAUUGUGGAGCUGUCAAAGGCGUACAAGGACAGGCCCAUGAGUCCCCACGAAGCCGUCGUCUACUGGUCGGAAUACGUCAUCAGGCACAAGGGAGCCAGGCACCUGCGCUCUGCCGCCGUCGACCUGCAGUGGUACCAACUGCUGCUGUUGGACGUCCUGGCCGUCGUCCUCGUCGGCAUCGCUGCAGUCGUUGCCUUGGUGGUUGUUCUUCUGCGGCUAUUCUUGCGAAAGAUUGGCCUGCUGAGAAAGGCGUCACCAGCGGAACAGCCACAUCUGAAGACCAAGAAAAAGGAGCAAUAG